GCAAAGAGCAACGGAGGAGACAGGCAGUCGCAGGGCGAGAGCCAAGGCAGAGAUGGUAGCUCAACCCCUCAGCCUCGUUCUCGACCUCUGUCGUGAGUGGCCAUAGAUGCAGGAAGCCAGCUUUGCGGUCAUCUGACAUCUUGUCUUCCCUCUCCCCAAUAUGCCUACCAAACGCCAUAAAACUGUCACCAUCCUUACGCCCUCAACAUCCGAACGAACUACCGAUGCUGGCCUUUCGAACGACUACUUCUCCUUUCCCUUUCGUCCACCUGCUACGCCUGCCACCUCUGGCAUCGCCUCCAUCGUCGUUCCCCAUGCUGACGCACAUGGAUGCACGUCACCGGCCGCUGCUACUGCCAUCGUAAUAUCCCCGGCUGAUCUCAUGGCCUCUUCGUCUUCGGAAACACGACCUGGCGUCUCCAUCCGGCUCUUCCCUCCUACCGUUAUCCUCCAUCACAGAAGAGUCUGGGCUGAUGAGCCUACCGCAUUUCCGCCGGCAGGAAUAGAAGCCUUCAACAGUCUUCGUCGAAGGGCCAGGAAGGCAGCGAGGCUACGAACCAAAUCAUACGACGACGAAUUUGAAGGGAAUCGAGAGGGCGCUGCAACGCCUUCGAACGGCCUUAGAGUCUGGUACUAG